ACUCCUUUCUCCCAAAAGUUUUGUGAAAGUCCCCUUUAGGAAGUUUAUUUUCCAUUAGGCAACAAAUGUUUUGCUGUACUAGUAAAUACAACUUUAUUGGUCAUCUAAGAUUUUGGUUGGUUUUUCAAGAUCCAUUGAUGUGCGCUCCAUUAACGCGUAUUUUUUGUCAAAGGGAAAGGCUAUAUAAUGUGUCUCAUGCAAGUUAGUAGGGGACAGUUGAAUUUAGAGAUGUUUAGCUAACGGUUGGCUAUAAACUUACAGCAGCCUAACGAAUGCUUCGGGCAAACGUUGUUCUUCGAAUAACCAGCAUUUUUUCUGAAGUUCCUAUACUUUUGUUAAUGUCACUGUGUCGUAAACAUUUCAUUUGCAUUCUAUUACGAUAAUUUGGAAGACAACACGAAUGGAAAUUGUAAUGCUUUUCUGUUGGCAUAUCAUGCUACUCCUCACAAAGGGUCCUGACCUAACUAUCCAGAUGCUGUAACUGUGGUUGAUGAAAUUAAUGUGCACUUGUGCGACGUUUGUCCAGUCCAACGUGCUCAAAUGUUCAGGAGAUGAGUCGGUCUAAAAUGAUUGGCAUAUGUCUUGUAUGAAGAGCCAAGUUUUCGAAGGAUUCACGAAUGACCUGGAAUGUUUGGAUCUUUGGUGUUCCCUUGUGAGGCAGAGUCCAUCUCUUCUCUUGCCCCAGCUGGCCCAUGGGGACACUCUCUCUAUGGUUCCAUAAGUCACCUAUCUAGCAUAAUGCAACAUAGAGGACCCAGGAGUACCCUCACAAGAUACAACACUGGACUUACACUGCCUCAGGUUCAAAGUGUGACAGGGCCAUCAGCAUUUGGAGUAAAAUUUCAUAAAUGGGCCCAGGUUCAAACAGGUACCGAGUUUCCGCAUCUGAUGUUCUUCCUGCUGAUCCACAACAUUGGUCCUGUGGGUGGCACCAACCUGUCUCAGCUGGCCAUCAGGGACUCUGUCUCUGGGAUAGCACCCCUAGACAGUGGAGGAAGGGUAGUAGAGAAGGGCUACCAGACAUUCGCCAUUGACUCACUACCAGCAGGAUCAUAUCAUGUUAUAAAAUAUACUGCUCUCAUCAAGAACCACAAGAGUGAGAUAAUUGAAUUGCCAGCUUUUCUCACCUUCUCCAAUGCAUCUCAGAAUGAUGUCAAUAUGUUUGGUCCCCUGGUUGCAAAUUUUACAUUGAGGGUGAACUCCACUGACAAGAUUUAUCCAAACCAUGGUGUCCACUUUGCUGGAUUUGUUGGUGGGUUCUUCCUGUCAUUAGUACUGUUGUCACUUGGUUUUCUAGCCAUGAACCUGCAAUAUACCAAAGCCAGGAUGAACUCUCUACAGCAAAGGAAAAAAAGAGGUGAUUCAGACCCAGAGUAUGCAGUGUGCGACAUGAGCGAGGCAGCUAAAGAGGAAGCAGCAUUUGAGGACAAAAUGGUGGACAUCAUGGUGUUGGAAGACCCCCAGAACAUGUAUCGAGCUCUAGAGAACUUGGAGAUGUCCAGCCUACUGCGUGCCACCUCAAGCUUGGAGACCACCCGCGUCCAAAUCUACAAGGACAUGAUUGCCUUGCUCCUUGGUGGCCUCCAUUCCGAGGGCCAGACAAGCAGCCAGUCCCAGCAGCGCCUUUUGAGCGUGCUUCAUGGCCAACUGAUGGGAAUGGAGGGGAAGCUGAAGGAGGAGCAUGUAGCACGCAUGGCCGCCCUGGCUGACCAGUGUAACCUGGAGACCAGGGAGGAGAUGGAGGUGGAGCGUAGGCUGGAAGCAGCGGAGAAGGCUGAGGCAGAGUUGCUGUGUCGGCAUGCAGAAAAUAAGGAUGUCCUCCAAUGCAGUGUGCUUCUAGAGGAACUCCACAAGCUGAACCAGAGUCACUUACAACACACUCUUCUGGUCAGACACGAAGAGGCGUCUGCGAAGGUCCAGAGGCAGGUUGUUGAAUGGCGGAGAGUAGAACUCCACAAGAUCUUCGCUGAGGAACUGGAGGAGGCAACCCGAAUGGGCGAGAUGGAGAAAAGUGCUGCCAAAAGUCUACUGCAUGACUAUUAUACCUGUCAGGAUCAGCUGGAAAAGGUGUUGGACGUGGUCACGGCCAACCAGCGAGCCAUGCUGGGCGGACGCCAUGCCCAGAGGAAAUUCCUAGUGCACAGCCUUCACAGCCUAAAGGGCCUCAUCUCAGAUACCUUUGCAAAUACCUCCAGCCAAAUGGACUGUUGGUUCAAUGACAUCAGGAAGGGGGGUGCUGUGUCUGAGGAAGAGAUAAACCAAGUCCAAGAUAAGGCCCAGAAGGAUCUGAUGCUGGUCAGGCAGGGUCUGGAUGAAGCACUGACCCAGGAACGGAGAGCCAUGCAUUGUGGUCUGGUCAAGAAAAGAAGAGACCUUAUCUCUGAGACACUUCAGGGUCACAAGCAAAGGCAGAAGGAGCUAUCGUGUGUCUGCAGGGGGCUAGUGGAGAGGGUAGAGCCGAGCCAGCAUCUGCUGUACUGGCAGAGCCUCCUGACGGCCCAGUGUCUGGAGCUGGGAGAGCUCAUCAACAACUUGGACGAAGGAGCUGCUGCCGACAUCCGCAAAGUCACCAUGCGUCUGAUCCACAGUGCCCUGGUGGAGGUCAAGAACAUCCAGCCUGCAGCCGCCCUGGCUCUCUGGCCCUCAGGGGCACCCCGCUCCUUCCUCCAACCAGACCCAUGCUCAGGUCCAGGGCUGGGGGCCAGUGCUCUGGCUGAGGCCCAGGAGAGGCUGCACCAGGAGGGCAAGAUGGCUGUGCGUACCCUGAGGAGCACUAGAGAGGCCUUACAGGAGGGGAUGGAAAAAGAGCUGCAGGAGCAGCAGGAGCUGAGGGCCCGGGUACACACAUUUUUUAGGAUUCUCUGCUCAUCCCAGCUCAGCUUAUCGGAUGAAGAUUUGCUACGCAUGAAACUCGAGUUCCAGAAGUGUCUGUCUAAGAUGGACCACUGCUUGGUCCUGCCCCACUCCCUCUCUAGAUCUAAACUCCAGACUUCUCUGUCCAAUUGGAGGAAGAUUGAAGACCAGACCAAGUGUAAACAGCCAGAGAGAAAGACGAGGUCUAAAGAAAAAUGUACCGUGACCAUACAGAAACCAGACUACCCUGAACUACUUCUAUUCCAGAAAAGACUUGUGGACAGUAUCCAUCUUUUUGAAAAAGAGAAGGAAAUAGAGAGAAGUGCAAUGGAGAUGAUCCUGGAAGAGAUGCGGAUAGAAAGGGAGGAGGAGCUCUUGACCCAGGCAGACAGCCUAGCCAUCCAGAUGGCCAAGCUUCAGUAUCAGAAGGCAGAGAGGAAGACCAAGGUCCUAGAGACCUCCAGAGCAAUGCUCACCCUGCAGAGCCUCCUGAUUGAGGAGCUGCGAGCCAGAAGGAGUCUGGGAGGAGUGGAGAUGCUCCAGAACAUACAGAGCCACUACCUGGGUUUGGAAAAUGCCGAACAACAGCUACAAGAAGAGAGGACAGAGUUUGAAGUACUGGAAUCUGGACAUGCCCGUCACAGGCCAUUUCAAGACCCCAAAGACAGUGAGAGAGAGGAGGACGAUGUGGAAGCAAGGACACUGUUCCACGUGCAGCAUCAGUGCAGGAUGGCCACCAUCCUACAGGAGGCGCUCAACAAGUGUGAACAAGUCAGCAGGUUGAUGACUCAGAGGUUACAAGAGUCAAGUGCCAGGAGUCAAGCCAUGGAGGAUCUAAAGGAACAGCUGGAGCUAAAGUGGCUGUAUGCUAACUGUGAUCAGGAUCUAGAGUUUGCAGCGCUGCUGGUGAAGCAAAGUCAAGUGUCUAUUGAGGUUCUCCUGAAAGCCGUGCGCCUCCUCCUCCCCACUCUGCCAGAGUCUGAGCUCCUCUCCAUCAUAAAUGCCCUCUGUCCCAAACAAGCCCUCGUCUCGCCCAACAUGGAGCAAGAAAACACAGUGUGGCCAGAGGAAGCAAGCAGAUCGAUUAUAGUUCAACUAUGGGAGGGUAUGGUGUGCAGUAAUGCAUUACACCCUAUUGCCGUCAAAGACAGAAUCAGGUUCAAGGAGAACAGGCAGUGCCUGCUGGAGAAGCUGUUCCCCAAUCCACAAGGAGAAGCCUUGCAAGAUGUUAUGCCAGUACUCGUCCAGGAAAAGAGAGAGAAAGGGGCUGUACCCAACACACAGCAACCCUCUUAUAAACCAGUCCUGACCGGAAUGAUUGCCUCAGAGCAGCUCAAAGACUCCGUUGUCAUUUCAGCUGGGGGAACAGUUGAUGAGACUCUGUUUAGCCCAUGUGAGUUACCUGGUACAUCAUGCUCUUCCAACGCUCUAAUGGACAUUCCCACUACUGGCGAGAGGGUGUUUGUGUUUCGCAUCCCACCAGAGCCGCAAGGCAAUAUGGCCAUCGCCAGCAGGAAGCGGAAGAGGAACUUUCUCAAUCUUAAAAAAUGUUCUGUGUCUCCCACUGACCAACUUUGACUUGGUCAUAAUGCUGUUUCUAAUGUGUUUUUCAAAAAUGCAUUGUCCUAUCAGUCGUUCACCUUUUAUGGUAAUUUCCCACAAAGUUUGACUAAUGCCCAAAUAUUCUUUAAAGUGGAUAUUGUACUUACGAAUAUUAUGAAGUAGAAAAUGAUUUGUACAAAUACAGUUUUGUUUUAGUUGAUACGUGUAAAACUGAUUUGUUGACUGAUUUCUUUGAGAGCAGCUGUUUCCCUUUUCUGUAUAAUCUCUCUAAUAAUGCCAGGAAUCUCUGUGUGUGUCUGUUAGUGAUGGGAAGUUUGGAUAAUUUUACUGACUAGGUUCUUUGAAUGUCGUUCAGUGAAACAAACAAAGAUUUAUCAUAUUCUAAAGGAAUAAAUCUUAAUGCAUCUAAACCGCCAAGAUUAAUUCAAGUAGGCUAUAGGAAAGGAAAAUUGUACAUUUGUGAGGCAGAUCAUAUUUUAAAAGAAAAACUCCUGCAUUAAAUACCGUAGGCCUACGCCAUGACAGUUUGUAUGAUUUGAAUUGGUAAUUUAUUAACACACUAGCAUUUAAAUGUCACGGCAAACAAUUACACUGCAUUGAACUGUAAGUAAAGUGAAAAUACCUAAACCUGUAAUUAUCCCUUGUGAACGAACCAUUCAUGUCUUCAAUGCUAAACCUAAAAGUCACGUAAGAUUUUACAAAACCCCAAAGACACAGUUGACUCGAAACAUGAACAAAUCCUUUCUGUUUCCUCGACUGAGCCUAAGCAACAGUCACGUGAAAAAGGACCUAAAGAGUUGUACCAGAAAACACAAUCGAGAGGUGAACGAACCUGAAGACAUGACUCUUUGGUUCAUUUUUUACAUGACUGAUGCAUAGGCUGGCUCAAUAGCGGAAGCAGAAAGGAUUUGUUUACCUCUUGACUGUCAUCUGUAUGACACAGUCGACUGUCUCGACUGUCUUUGUAGAUCCAAAGUCAGUCGAGAAGUUAACGGAUAAUUUCUGUUUCCUCUACUGAGCCUAUGCAACAGUCCCGAAUCCCGAUGCAAGGCCACGAGAAAAUUAACAAAUCAUUCUCUGAGACUACUCAUUACUCCCGGGUCAUACUAAAGGUUUGUAGAUUUUGAACGAUUGCUUAAGCACAAUUUUGAGAACAGGGCUCACUUUGUCAAAACACAACACACGAUUCACAGAACCAGACACACAACUAGCAGAACAACUCCAAUCUUUUGCAAAAUGAAACACUUUGUUCAAAACUAUACAAUCAUUUAUUUAAAAAAAACAAUUCUGUCACCGUGUGCCACUCACAUGGUUCAUACAAUUUGACUCUGUGUGAAUCAGUUACACACUGUCACAUGCUCAAUUUAAAACACUAUUACAGUGAAUAUUAUUUUUGAAUGAUAUACCUGCUUGAUUUUGUCAGAGAUAUUGUUACAGUACAGUACACAAGGCACAAGACCAGUACUGCACACUGAUGAAAAUUUGUACUGUAUUUAUCCACAUCGUCUACGUAAAGGUUGCAUUUUGUGCAGAAACUCAGAACAUAUUUCAAAUUGAAUACUGUAUAGUAGGCUGCAUACUGUAAACACAGCAAAUACAUUUAUGGAGACAAAUGAAAGUAUUCAGCCAAUUAAAUACAGUACAUUGUUUCAAUCAUGGACUGCAGUGAAUGGCUACAAAAAAAGUACUGAUGUAACGCAUAUAGUAGGCUACAUUUUACUGUGCUGUACUGUAGACCGUAGAGAAAAGUAGUUGUCACAUGUGCUCUUGUCCAAAUGAAUGUUGCAACAGUAUAUCUGCUGAGGUUGGGCUGAACUCUCUGUCCAGCCUCUCUCAAUGUUGCCCCAUGGUUCACUGCAUGGUCAACCAAUGUUGUUAGAAUUUAAUUCGAUAAAUUUGGCCCUAAUAUUCCACGGCCUCCAGGUCUACCUCUCCCUACCACUCUUCCUCCACGGGCUCCCUUUCCCAUCCUCACUGUCCUUCCCGCAACAUUGCCUUUCAUUUUUGAUGAGUGGGAGUGAGUGGGAGUCAGAUGAGUGGGAGUGAGUGGGAGUCAGAUGGCUGAGCGGUGAGGGAGUCAGGCUAGUAAUCAGAAGGUUGCCGGAUCGAUUCC